AUGUGCCAAUCUCCUUUGCAUGAGUUCCUCCAGGGCCUCCCUAAAUGUGAGCAUCAUGUCCAUUUAGAGGGCACCCUUGAGCCAGAACUCAUCUUCGAGCUCGCGGCGCGCAAUGGUAUCACCUUACCGACCGACCCAGUCUAUACCUCAGUCGAGACACUCAAGAAACGCUAUGAGCAUUUCAGUAACCUGGAUGACUUCCUACACUUUUUCUUCGAGGGCAUGGCUGUCCUCCGCAAGGAACAAGACUUCACCGACGUAGCCUGGGCAUACUUCCAAAAGGCGCACGCAGACGGAGUCCACCACGCAGAAGUCUUCUUCGACCCACAAGUACACGCAAGCCGUGGUGUAUCAUAUGACACCAUCGUCACAGGGUUCUCAAAAGGGUGCAAGCGUGCCGAGACCGAGCUCGGCCUGAGCACACGACUAAUCCUAUGCUUCGUGCGGCAUCUCCCCGUCUCAUCGGCCAAGGAAGUCUACGACGAGUUCGUGGCACACCAGCACUUUGAGUCUGACAUUGUGCACGGGCUCGGGUGGUCGUCUUCUGAAGUUGGCCCGCCGAAAGACAUGUUUCGCGAGAUCUAUGCGUCAGCCGCACAGAAGAAAAUCCCGCUCACAGCGCAUGCUGGCGAGGAGGGUGAUCCAACUUAUAUCAGUACUGCGCUUGAGCUUGGUGCCCAGCGCAUUGAUCAUGGCAUUCGGCUGGUUGAAGACGAGGAUUUGAUGCGGCGUGUGGCGCGUGAGAGUAUCCUGCUUACUGUUUGUCCGUUGUCGAAUGUGCGGCUGCGCUGUGUCACCUCUGUGAAAGAGUUGCCUAUUCGGCGGUUCUUGGAGGCUGGUGUCAAGUUCUCGAUUAAUAGUGAUGACCCUGCUUAUUUCGGUGGUUAUAUUCUUGAUAACUACUGUGCUGUGCAGGAGGCUUUCAACCUGAGUGUGCUGGAGUGGAGGAUCGUUGCAGAGAAUAGUGUCCAGGAGAGCUGGGUUGAAGAUUCGCGCAAGGCAGAAAUGCUAGCAAGUAUUGAGGCGCAUUCCAAGAAGUAUAUGCACACUAUUUCUGUAUAA